ACUUCCGGCGCCGGGUGAAAGGCCGCACAGGGCAGGCCGCUGCCCCAUCCCGUUUGCCCCCCCCCUCCCUGCUCCCCACCCCGCUUCCGGGGCUGCCUGGUGUCCGCGGCAUGGAGUGGGAGUGACGGAGUUGCCGCCUUUCCCCCCCCCUCCCCGCCCCGCAGAAGAGCCGCCACCAUUCCCCCCGCCCGCUGAGGGGGGAGGUCGCCGUGUCCUGGGUUUCCUGUCCUGCCAAGCUUGCUGAGUAGUUAAUGCAGAAGAUAAAGAGGGUUCGUCUGGAAAACGAGACUGCAGGAAGUUGGAGAAGGUGUGACAGUUACAUCUCAGAACCAGUUCUCUGCUCAGAAUGCAGGUGACCAUCCCCAGUGACAAGUGACAUUUGAGAAAUACCUGAUUUGAAAGUGUACAUCUUGGGGCUGCGGAGUUUUUUGUCUAGUUCUGAAGAAGAGACAAUGACUGCAGUGGACACGCUAUCAGACAGCUCUGAAGUGGUCGAGAUGGAGGAUGUGCCUUCCGAAUUCCAGGUGCAAAAGCAUUCUUGGGAUGGGCUGCGUGACAUUAUUCACAGCAGCAGGAAGUAUUCGGGCAUGAUAGUGAACAAAGCUCCCCAUGAUUUCCAGUUUGUCCGGAAAACUGAAGAGUCCAGCCCUCACUCUCACCGUCUUUAUUACCUUGGAAUGCCAUAUGGUAGCAGGGAAAAUUCCCUUCUUUACUCAGAGAUUCCCAAAAAGGUACGGAAGGAGGCCUUAUUGCUCUUAUCAUGGAAACAGAUGCUGGAUCACUUUCAGGCAACCCCUCAUCAUGGGAUGUAUUCUAGAGAAGAAGAACUGUUAAGAGAGCGCAAGAGACUUGGUGUCUUUGGUAUAACAUCUUACGAUUUCCACAGUGAAAGUGGCCUGUUCCUCUUCCAGGCUAGCAACAGCCUCUUUCAUUGCCGAGAUGGGGGCAAGAAUGGUUUCAUGGUGUCUCCAAUGAAGCCUCUGGAGAUCAAGACUCAAUGUACAGGGCCACGAAUGGAUCCCAAGAUUUGCCCUGCAGACCCUGCCUUCUUUUCAUUCAUUAAUAACAACGAUUUGUGGGUAGCAAAUAUAGAGACAGGAGAGGAGAAGCGAAUGACAUAUUGCCAUAAAGGCUUAUCCAAUGUUCUUGAUGACCCUAAGUCUGCUGGUGUAGCCACUUUUGUCAUUCAGGAGGAAUUUGAUCGGUUCACAGGCUAUUGGUGGUGUCCCACGUCUUCCACAGAAGGUCCAGAGAAUUUAAAAACACUGCGAAUCUUGUAUGAGGAAGUGGAUGAGUCAGAAGUGGAGAUAAUUCAUGUUCCUUCACCUGCUCUGGAGGAGAGAAAAACAGAUUCCUAUCGGUACCCCAGGACAGGCAGCAAAAACCCCAAGAUUACGUUAAAACUGGCAGAAUUUAAAGCAGACAGCAAGGGUAAGAUCGUGUGUGCUCAAGAUAAGGAGCUGGUGCAACCAUUUGCUGCAUUAUUCCCGACUGUGGAGUACAUUGCCCGUGCUGGAUGGACUCGAGAUGGCAAAUAUGCUUGGGCUAUGUUCCUAGACAGACCUCAGCAGCGGCUGCAGCUUAUCCUUUUGCCUCCAGCGCUCUUUAUUCCAGUCCCAGAAAAUGAGGAGCAGCGUGCUGAAUUUGCCAAAAUUGUGCCAGAAAAUGUUCAACCAUUUGUUAUCUAUGAAGAAAUCACCGAUGUGUGGAUAAAUGUUCAUGAUAUCUUCUAUCCUUUCAUCCAACCGGAAGGAGAGGAGGAAGAACUCUGCUUUAUCCGAGCCAAUGAAUGCAAAACAGGUUUCUGUCACCUGUACAGAGUCACAGUGGUCCUAAAGCAAGGCAGCUAUGACUGGGUACAGCCGUACGUCCACAGCGAGGAUGAUUUCAAAUGUCUUAUCAAAGAGGAGGUUGCCCUGACAGGUGGAGAAUGGGAGGUGCUGGCAAGGCAUGGAUCUAAGGGCUCUACCUGUUUACCUGGCCAAUGGGGUUGGAUAUUGCUUCCCUGUACUGUCUGCAGUUCUCUUCAAACUAUGUUAGCUAGAAAGAGCACUUGGGCUUCAGCAUUUGGAAACUGUAAGAUCUGGGUCAAUGAGGCUACAAAGCUGGUGUAUUUCCAAGGCACAAAGGACACCCCGUUGGAGCACCAUCUGUAUGUAGUCAGCUACGAGUCUCCUGGAGAAAUUGUGCGACUUACCAUACCAGGCUUCUCUCACAGCUGUUCUAUGAGCCAGAAUUUUGACAUGUUCAUCAGCCACUACAGCAGUGUGAGCACUCCACCCUGUGUGCAUGUCUACAAGCUCAGUGGCUCCGAUGAUGAUCCGCUACAUAAGCAACCCAAGUUUUGGGCUAGCAUGAUGGAGGCAGCCAGUUGUCCCCCAGAUUACGUUCCACCUGAGAUCUUUCACUUCCGUACUCAGUCAGAUGUUGAGCUCUACGGAAUGGUAUACAAACCUCAUGAUGUCCAGCCUGGGAAGAAGCAUCCCACAGUGCUCUUUGUUUAUGGAGGCCCUCAGGUGCAGCUGGUGAAUAAUUCCUUUAAAGGAAUCAAAUACUUAAGGCUAAACACGCUAGCAUCCCUAGGUUAUGCUGUGGUAGUGAUUGACGGAAGGGGUUCAUGCCAGCGAGGACUCAGAUUUGAAGGGGCCCUGAAAAACCAAAUGGGUCAGGUGGAGAUAGAGGACCAGGUGGAAGGUUUAUAUUAUGUAGCAGAAAAAUACGGGUUUAUCGACUUGAGUCGAGUAGCCAUACAUGGCUGGUCAUACGGGGGUUUUCUCUCCCUCAUGGGUCUCAUCUGUAAGCCCAAUGUCUUCAAGAUUGCUAUAGCAGGUGCUCCUGUCACAGUUUGGAUGGCAUAUGACACCGGGUAUACUGAGCGGUACAUGGAUAUCCCAGAAAACAACCAGCAAGGUUAUGAGGCUGGCUCUGUGGCAUUACACGUAGAAAAGCUUCCCAAUGAGCCAAAUCGUUUGCUGAUCCUCCAUGGCUUUUUGGAUGAAAAUGUGCACUUUUUUCACACAAACUUCCUGGUAUCACAGUUAAUCCGGGCUGGAAAACCUUACCAGCUUCAGAUCUACCCCAACGAGAGACACAGUAUUCGGUGCCCCGAGUCAGGAGAGCACUAUGAAAUCACACUGCUGCACUUUCUACAAGAAUACCUCUGAGAGCACAUGCCUCUGCAAACUGGAUGCUGACAGCUCAAUUCGCCCCUCCUGUGCCCAGCCACUACCACCUCCCUUGACAGCCAUCUAACCCAGAGCACAAAUGGCUGAGUGCCCAUGUCAGGGUGUCUUGCCCUGAAUAAGGGAGGAGGGUGGAAGGUGCUUUCCCUUUGGACAGUGCUACCUUCUUUCACUUUCCAGGCUGGAGGUCUGCCUCUGCUCAGCUGCUCAUCCUAUUUCUCUCUUCCAGCCUGGCUGUUAAUGUGUGGGAUUUUUUUUUUUUUUUUUUUUUGCUGCUACCCUCUCUAUCCUGGGGAUUGAUGGACAGUGGUUUGUCUCCUAAGGCUGAGGUUUGCUUCCAUCUCUCUCUGUCCCCUGUCCUUUUCCCUUCUGCUGCACCUCUGCAGUUCCUGUACUCUUACCUGCAAGAACUCGGUGCCUGUGUUGGAAAUAGAAGAGCUGAAUAAGCAAGCUGCCUUAAGCCAGGAGUGGGAGGGAAGAGAGAAGAACAUAUUGUUUAAAGCCCUGGGGGAGCUGAUUGCUGGUGCUGUGUCCUGGCCCCACUGCAGCUGUGUGGAACCCUGGUAUGUGAAGAGCUCUACAGAAGCAUGCAACACUAGUCAUUUCUAUUUCUCAGUUUUAUUUUGCAGAGCAGAUGGAGGAAGUGGCUGAGGUUGGUAACGAUGCCCUCUCAUGCCUUUCUCUAAUGGCCGCUCACAACCAGAGUUGUGCCAAAAGGUAGCACGGCAGCUGAAGCAGCUGGCUACAACCAGAGAUCAUCUCUCUGGAGAUAAUAGCAGCUUUUUUUUUUUUUGCAACACAAGAUGGAUAAUAUUUAUGCAAAUCCUUCCUCCCUCCAUUCUUUAUGCUGCCUCCUGAUCCCACCUUCUCCUUCCCUGAAACCUUGAGCUUUCAGAUUGUGCACUGAAAUUGGCUGUGCUUCAGUUCUCUGCAGGUCAGUGACUGUUCCCCUUGCCCAUCUACUCAGCGUAUGCUUUCUUUUGGUUUUUAUUUUCCUGGUCAACAGGAACUGCAGUUCUGGGGAGGGGGGACUGAGUAAUUGCACCUCAGGGGAGCACGUAACCCCCGCCCCCUUCAAGCCAAGGGUUCUGCCAGGGACAGAAAGAGACGAAGAAAAAAACAACACCCAAAUGAACCACAUUGACUUGCCCUGGAGUAUUUUAAGUGCGUAUUAUGAAAAGAAAAUAUUUUUAUGGAUUCUUAUUCUUUUAUAAUUAUGAGUGUAAGAUGUAGCAACUCAUUAAAAUAUUGGAAAGAGA